UACGCCCCUGGCUUGAGAUGACGACAACGAACCAAACGACUAUGAUAGUAAAGUAACAAAUCUACGCGAUCCUAGUUUCCAUUAGAGAGCGUGCCAACCUUCGUUCCUUCCUUCUACUUGCUGUCUUUUUGUCUUCUCUUGUCUUGUCUGUUUCUGUUGUGAUUGUAAACUUGUGAAGUUGUGACGCGUCGCAUUCUUCACUCACUCUUUUUGAAGCGCUAUUAAAUGUCCAAUUCCAGUUUGUUGAAUUCCCAUUCCACCUGUGGGCUCUGUUACAUUACAGAGUCAAGUGGUCUUGAUUUCAUUUCAAUCGAGAAAAUCAAAAUCAGUUUACAAGAACUCAUUCGAGUGCCAACAAUAAUAAUAUAAUUCACUUAGAGACACACGGUCGUGACCACAAGUUUUUUUUUUUUUUGGGAAUUCGAAUAUCGAAACGCUGAUUGAAAGUUAAUUUUUGUGUUUCUUUUGCUUAAACUAUCGAGGGCUCAAAUAGCCACUUGGAAGUAUCGUUAACGUCAGAAUAGAUUGCCGUUCGAGAGUGCAACAUUGUUCAGACAACCGGAAGCUCUUGUGUUGUUAUUUUCCUGCUGAAUGUGGCUGUGUUGCAAAGCCAAAAGAACUAAACGAUCCAAUUAACAACAACACAACAGCAAAAAAAUGCCUCAAACAGUCUCAUCAAUCAACGAUCAACUGACCAAACUAAUCGAUUGUCAGGAUCUUGGCGACAUCACCUCCGAGCUAUGUGACUUCUCAUUGGAAGAACAAAAUGCUGCUAGCGAAGCACAAGGCGUCCAGCCAUCAGCUGCUUCUGAUUUCGUUCCGGUACUUGGCAAAUCGGUGACCUACAUUGUCACAGUUGUCAUGAUCAAUGAUCAAGAUGAAGUUCUAAUGAUCCAAGAGGCCAAACAAUCGUGCGCAGGAAAGUGGUAUCUGCCCGCUGGUAAAAUGGAAACCGGUGAAACCAUCAAUGAAGCUGCCGUAAGAGAAGUCUUUGAAGAAACUGGACUGAAAUGUGAGAUGACAACUUUGAUUGGUGUUGAAACUGCUGGCGGUUCGUGGGUAAGAUUUCUACUCACCGGACGAGUUCUCAGUGGCAAUUUAAAGACACCCGAUCAAGCUGACCAGGAGUCGUUGCAAGCAAAAUGGUUUGCUGAUAUCAGUGAGUUAACACUGCGCGCCAAUGAUAUAUUGAAUCUUAUAAAAAUGACACGAACCUACAAAGCUCGUGCGCAAUCUCCAGCACUAUGGCAUUCAGAGAUGAUGCCAAUACAAUAUGCUCACCAUAAAAAUUACUUGCGAAUUGUGGCAGUGAUUCGCAAACGUGCCACAAACACACUCAAUGUCUUGGUUAGUGAAAGGAACGUGCAUCAUUUGCCGACGGUCGAGAUACAUCCAGCUCGGAGUUUGCAUUCGACAUUGAGAAAAUUCAUGAUCGAGCUGUUUGGAGCUGAGCUCCCUCAACAUCGCCCACAUGGCCUUUUGACUGUUGAGCAUUCUCCUGCAGCAUAUCCACAUACCACAGAUGGCUUCUGUUUGACACUGUUGGUGGUAUUUCGGCCUCCAAUGGAGGAGGUGGCGGUCAUUGGCAAGGCCGUUUGGCAGGAGAUGAACAAAGAACUGGAGGAUAAGUUUGGUAGAAUGGUGGGAAGUAAUCAUUCGACACUGCCACUUAAUGUUAUAAGAUAAGCUGGUGAUGUGUGGUGUACCUAGAAACGUUAUUUAUAUGCAUUUUGAAUCUCCAUAAAGUUGCUGUCUCAAAUUAAAUUAAUUUGUAAAUAUUGACACUUUAUAAAUAUUUUAUGUCUCAAAUUGAUGAUAUUCUGGAGUGGAUUUGUCUAGAAACCUGAUAAAUAUGUCUCAUUUAUUUUUUUCACAAAUAUUUUAGCAAAAUAACAUACAAUUCUUGCAAUAUGUUUAAUUAAAACAACAAAUUAACAAUAAUUAAAUGAAUAUCUCUCUAUAUCUAUUUCUCUCUCUUGCUUAUUGUUUAUUGUUAUUGUGGAUCGAAAGGUGUAUUAAUCCGCAAA